AUGCCGAUCGAGAAGUACGACGGAUCAUCCGACCCCGAGGAACACUUAAACGUUUUCCUGACCCAGGCAACCCUCUCCACUCAGGACGACUCGGAUUUAUGCCGAAUAUUCCCCACAUCGCUGAAAGGAAGAGCUUUGAGUUGGUUUACGAGACUGCCGAGUGCCUCCAUUGACUCGUUUGGUGAGUUGUCGUCCCAGUUCACCUUGCAGUUCGCAACAAGUAAGCCGUACAAGACGACCUCAUUAGCCUUGGCCGGGGUCCGUCAGGAAAAGAAAGAAAGCCUAAGAAGCUUCAUGGACCGAUUCAACAAGAUUGUAAUGGAGAUUGGUGAUCUUAAUCCUGCUGUGGCAUUGGAUCGGCUGAGCACGGCCCUCAGGCCGGGACCAUUCGUGAACAGUUUGUGCAAAAAACCACCCAUUGACAUGAAUGACCUCCGACGAAGAGCCGAGAAGUAUAUGCAAAUGGAGGAACUGGCGGAGACCCGAAACCAGGCCAGGGCCGAAGAGGGUUACGGCCGAAAAGAGCCAGGCCGAGAGCCUCGAGAACUCGACCGCCGAGAGGACCACGCUACACCGCCUACACCCCCCUGA